AUGAGGAUCAUAUUGUCUGUAGUAUUAUUGCACGGGAAUGGUUACCAAGGUGACCAGUGUGGCGUGACUUAUUCACGACAAGAUAUCAGACUUCGAGRCCGCCUUAUACAAAGAUCAUCAGUAGAGAAAAGCUACCAGUGCAUCGAUAAGUGUUCAAUGGUUCCUGACUGUCACAGUAUUAAUUUUUACCCAGACAGAAAGAUAUCUUCAGGAAGACGAGAUAUCUUGGCAUUUCCAGGCAAUAGCACAAAAGAAAAAGCAGUUUUCGACCAAGAUAAUGACAACCUCACUGCUUUAACAAUUUGCUUGUGGGCUCAGCCAGACCUAUAUAACACAACCAUCCGUCCAACAGCAUUUAGCUAUGCUAUACCAGGAAAKUCCAAUGACGAAAUACGACUUCGAAUCCUGGUGAACGGAGUGAAGUAUUUCUUCGCUGAAAAUCCAUUGGACAACAAUGAUAAUAUCCUUGAUGGAAAGUGGCAUCAUCUGUGUAUGACAUGGGAAAAUACCAACGGACAUGCUAAACUUUACAUCGACGGAAUGUUUAAAGCUCAAGAAAAGCGUAAAAUAGGACAUAUCGUUMGAAAAGGAGCUCUUGUUUUGGGUCAAGAUCAAGAUGGAUACAAAAAAGGAUAUAAAGCUCAUCAGAGCUUCCAAGGAAKGUUGACUAAUGUUAACAUGUGGGACAGAGAACUGACAACACAGGAGGUCUUGUCAAUGGCGGCAUCUUGUAAUUCGGACGAGACAGGAAACAUCGUGAAGUGGUCAGACUUUCGAGUAAAAGAAGGAGAUGUAAAGACUCUCUGCAUUGCUGACUGUGUCUAACGCGAAUGGCUAGAGCUGAGUACAGUUCAUGGGAAAGCAACUCUAUAUAAGGGACACUUGUAUUAAUGGYAUAACYCUUGAAAUUAUAUAUGCAAGAGAUUUUUUCGCAUUGU